AGCAGAAGCACGCGAUCUUGGAGGGUGUUAUUUUUUAUUUGCGGCAGUGUUGCUCCUUAUCCGUGUUGACGUGUUGUGUUAUCAAUAAGUGCAAGAAAGUUUUCAUACUCAAAUGUGAAAUUUAAUAAAAAAAGGAAUGAAGUGAUUUUUUGUCUGCCAGCAAAUAGCAGAGGUUUACAUUUCAAACAGAGGAAAAUUUCGUGAUCGAAAUACAGUAAGUGCGGGUGUAGAGUGUGUCGGUCGGAGAAAGGAAGGCUAAUCCUCAUUCAUAUUCAGCUCGCUCAUUUCGGAUGACGUGACGGAACUGCAAAUUGAAAGAAAUUUCAGCUAUAUAAGUGCACGUACCUAAAAUAUAAGCGAGCGAACGAACAAGUGUGUAUAUGCGGCUGGAUCCAUGAUGGAAGCUUGUGCAGGGGCGUGAUUUAAUUCUAGCGACCAUUAUCGAACGCGGCCCAGCCCGGCCAAUUGUGUUCGGCGCGGAGUUCUCCCAGUCGAAGGUCGCACACGGAGCAGACGGAUUUGCGCGACCAUAAAGCGGCCUCCACAACCUGUGAUCAACGAUUUUCAAUCCAACUCGUGCGUGUCAGCAGACACGAGAAAUUACAAGGCUCGGAACCGUUCGAAUAUUCGAUUACUUGCGGAGAGCGAACCAUGAACACACUGUACCUUGUUUACGUGCCACAUACGGUGGAGUAUACACCUGCUGUCCAGUUCUCUACGCUCGAGUAUGCGACCGUGGAAAUCGUUAACGACAUCCGAUGUCCUUCCGGCGAUGAUGGGUCUGUUACGUCCAGCGACGCAACAAAUGUCAGUGCGGAUUCGCAGAUAAAAUUUGGGAUAAAGACCGAAAGGCCCGAUUCUUUUCUGGAGAAAGUAUUCCUCGGACCGAAUGGAGGAGCCCAUCUGGACUUUAUGCUUUCGCAAAAUUGUCCCACGAAGGAAAAUUUUCAUCGCACAGAAGAGAACACUGCAAAGUGCCAUUUUCAUGAACCGACAGAAAAUCCGCUCACUCCGAGUCGAUUACCAGCAAUUAUAGCGGACGCCAUAAUUGAGGAUUCCAGCUCUAGUAUCGACGAAGGAAUCGGACUUAGUGCGUCGGAUGAUUCUGGCGACGAUCAAAGUCUUCCUGAUAGCAACAACAACAACAACAGCAACCACAAAUGUAUAAACGGAAAAACCAUAGAGGACAACUGCCACAAUCCGGACGAGGAAGAUGACGACGAUCUCGAUUAUGGGGACGAAGGCGGGAGGGACAUUAAUUCCGCGCUUAUCAACGGCAAGAAAAAGCGGAAGGCUAGCGGCAAUAAAUCAUACCAAUGCGAAAUCUGCGAGGAGCUAUUUUCAAAGAAAAAAAUACUUCGGGAACAUCUCAGCCAGCAGCAUCCGGGCCAGAACUCGAACCGAUGUCACAUCUGUGGCAAAACAUUCAAGCUACGGUCAAAUUUGCGCCAGCACGCGAGGAUACACACCGGCGAGCGUCCUUUUCGGUGCGACAUCUGUGGGAAAACUUUCGUGCAGGGCAGCGCGCUGACAGUUCACAAAGAACUGCACAAGGAUAACAAGGAGUAUAAGUGUGAUGUGUGUAAAAAGGACUUCAAAUCUAAGUUUGCGUUUAAGAAACAUGAAAAGGUGCACCAAGGGUUAAGGCCGUUUAUCUGUGAUGUGUGCGGAAAAUCGUUCACCCAGUCUUGCAAUUUGAAGGCACAUCUUCAACUUCACAGCGGGAAUUAUGCUUUCAAAUGUGGCACAUGUUUGAAAACAUUCCGAUUCAAAUCGCACUACGAGGACCACCUUAUGACUCACACGAAGGACAAAAAGUAUACCUGCCUCAUAUGUGGGCGGAAUUUUGCCUACAAAAAUUCUUACCAACGCCAUAUGCAGCACAUUCACAAAGAGGAAUCCCAGCAUCAGUGCAAUAUAUGUAGUAAAACUUUUGUGAAAUUGAGCCAUUUAACGUUCCACAAAAAGUCCCACCGCAAAGGCAGCUCGUUAAUUUGUGAAAUUUGCGGUUUAGUGUUUGAGGAAGAAACUACUUUAGCGAGGCAUUACCAAACCGUUCACGGUAGCGAAGAAGAGCGGAGGCUGUUUAAAUGUGUCAUAUGUAGCAAAUCCUUCGAGGACGAGUGUGAACUGAAAACACACUUCAAGCUACACGAAGCGGACGACUGUCCUUUCAAGUGUGGGAUGUGUGGGAUUUUGAAUCUAAGUCAGUCGUAAUCAGUGAGGGGUUAAUUUCGGCUCCCGCCUUUCAUAUUUUAUACAUUCCUACCUAGAUAAGCAAAAGGAACCGUGUUGUGAUAUGUGUACAUAUAUAUAGUACCUUUAUGUUGAACAUCAUUUAGAUUAGGAUAAGAUUAGUUUUAAUUAUGAAUUCUCGAAAAAGGUCCCUGUGAAUGGUACAACGAAAAGACAAAGAACGAGAGCUUCUGCUCUAAU